AUGUUGGAGGAAGAUAAUAAGCGGAGUGGAGAAUGGCUGUUUGAGAAUGGGGCGAGGGGUGAAGAGGAGAGUGAGGGGGAGAGUGAGGGGGAGAGUGGGGGGGAGGGUGAGGAGGAGGAGGAUAGGAGGCAGGAGAGUGAGGGUGAUGAGAUGGAUGUUGGUGAAGGGGUGGAGAGGCAAAGCUCUGGAGGCAUGGAGAGGGGGGAGGAGGAGGAGGAGGUGGACGAGAGAGGGGAGAGGGAUUAUGGGGAGGGGAGAGGUUAUACAGUGGUGGAUGAAGAGAGGGCGGAUCUUAAGAGUGAGGCGAGUGAUGGAGGGAUGGAUGAGAGAGUGAACGAUAGGGAUGGGUAUGAGGAUGGGGGAAAACGGAGUGUGGGUAAGAUACAGGCGGAAGAGGAGGUUGGGGUUCAGAAAGAGGGAGAAGAGGGCAGGGGGGCAGGGAGAAGAGGGCAGGGAGAAGAGGGCAGGGAGAAGAGGGCAGGGAGAAGAGGGCAGGGAGAAGAGGGCAGGGAGAAGAGGGCAGGGAGAAGAGGGCAGGGAGAAGAGGGCAGGGGUGCAGACAGUGAUGAGGACAAGGACGAGGAGUGUGCGACUGGACAGGCUGAUGUGGAGGAGGUCGUAUCUGUGCAACGGGAGGACGGUGAGCACACCGCUGGGCGCAUUGCUGGCCGCGUGAGAGACGCCUAA